AUUCAACAAUUGGCUCAAGAAAUCAGGGAGUUAACCUUAUCUGGCCCUGUAACCAUCUUCAAGGAGAACUCUGCCUCCAGUGGGAAUUAUGCUUCAUAUUUAGUUCCAGCUGCUGCACUCGGUGCAAUGGGCUAUUGUUACAUGUGGUGGAAGGGCUGGUCAUUAUCUGAUGUAAUGUAUGUAACAAAGCACAAUAUGGCAAAUGCUGUUGCAACUGUGUCCAAACAAUUAGAGCAUGUCCAUGAAACAUUGGCUUCUACAAAAAGGCAUCUGACAAAGAAGCUGGAAAACUUGGCUUGGAAGAUGGAGGAGCAGAAGGAAAUAAGUGAGCUUAUUGCAAAUGAUGUGAAUGAGGUGAAAUCAAACCUUUCUCAAAUUGGGUUUGAUGUUGAAUUAAUUCAUCAAAUGGUCGCUGGGUUGGAAGGGAAGGUCGAGCUUAUUGAGAGCAAACAGGAUGCCACCAACUCAGGUCUAUGGUAUCUAUGCCAAGUAGCAGAAGGCUUCAAAGAUGGGUUGGAUGCUAAACCAUUUCAGAAUGUCUCUGCUAAGCUAGGAAAGCAUUCAACAAUGGCUUUAGAGGAUAAAUCACUCAAGGGCCUACAAUUCCUUGCUGACACUAAGGAGCCAAGCGUGACUGAGAAAUCAACGACAAGCGCGAAAAAGAAUGAUCCCGACAACUUCCCUGGGGAGGUUCCAAGAAUGAAAACAAGAAUACACAGGUCAUAUCCAGUUGGGAUUGCUUUGACCCGGGACAUAACAGGCUCGGAUUUGUGAUUUUUUCUUCUUUUUUUUUUUUCGGGGUUUGUUUUUCUUCAUAUGUGAUUUAUUUUAUGAACCCCCUUCAUAUUGAUUCUUGCUGUAGUUUCUGGGACUCAUUUGUAUUUCAUUUGUGAGCAUGGGUGUGUAAGUUCUCUGCUCAGGAAAGUGCAGGGAUUGCAAUUUGUGGUUGCGAUGACUUCAUUGUCAUACAUGUAUAAAAUAAAGUCAAAUAAUCUGUGUUUUGUGAUGACGUUUGGAAUAUAUAAAAACUCUGGUUUGCCAACAAA